GGAAGUCUGUCGGCAUUAUUCAGAAGGAGCUUUCAAGUUCACAACAGAACAGCCAGCCUAGGUAACCUCUCGAACCGAAUCCUCAUUUCAUAUCAGCCACGACACUACUGCGGGGAUUUUCUCCGCAUUUGACAACAAGAUUGUUGCUCUUAAAUUCCCGAAAAUACAGCGGAGGUCGAUUCAAACGUCACGGAUUCGAGAUGGCUGCGUACAAGUUGGUUCUGAUCCGUCAUGGAGAGAGCUGCUGGAACCAGGAGAACCGCUUCUGCGGAUGGUUCGACGCGGACCUCAGUGAAACCGGGGAGCAGGAGGCGAAGAGAGGAGGACAGGCGCUAAAAGAUGCUGGCUAUGAGUUUGAUGUGUGCUACACCUCAGUCCUGAAGAGAGCCAUCCGGACUCUGUGGUUGGUCCUGGACGGGAUCGACCAGAUGUGGCUUCCUGUCCACCGCACCUGGCGCCUCAACGAGCGCCACUACGGAGGCCUGACGGGGCUCAACAAGGCAGAGACAGCGGAGAAGCACGGCGAGGCCCAGGUUAAGAUCUGGAGGAGGAGCUAUGACACCCCGCCUCCUCCCAUGGAGGAGGAGCACAACUUCUACAACAACAUAAGCCAGGACCGUCGCUAUGGCGACCUGACGGGGGAUCAGCUGCCGUCCUGUGAGAGCCUGAAGGACACUAUUGCCAGGGCGCUGCCCUUCUGGAACGAUGAAAUCGUGCCCCAAAUCAAGGACGGGAAGAGGGUUCUCAUCGCCGCCCACGGCAACAGUCUCAGAGGCAUUGUCAAGCACCUGGAGGGUAUGUCAGAGGAGGCCAUCAUGGAGCUCAACCUGCCUACAGGGAUCCCCAUCCUGUAUGAACUGGACAAGAACCUGAAGCCUGUAGGGCCCAUGCAGUUCCUGGGAGACGAGGAGACAGUGAAGAAGGCCAUGGAGGCUGUGGCUGCCCAGGGCAAGGCCAAGAAAUAGACACAGCGCCCCCGCGUGGUCAGGAGGCGUCGGUGCGGCUAGGACACGUUAUAAUGAUAAUAAUCACUCACACAGUGUGACAUUACAUUAUCAUGUUUACACAUAGACAGAUAUGUGUAUAUAACACACACAUACACUUCAAACACACACACACAAACACACACAUCACAUUACACUAUAGGUGGAUUUGAUAGGUCUUUGUUUUCCUGCACAUUGAGAUGUCAGUAUUACACAGCCAAUAGGAAUCAGUAAUACUGGAUUGUAUGGAUCAUCAUAAUAUGAGUUGAUCAAGAUUGUUUGAGUUGACCAAAAACACAUAGGAUAGGGACCAGCUAAUAGGGUAUUUACAGUAUCCAAAAACACACAGGAUAGGGACCAGCUAAUAGAGUAUUUACAGUAUCCAAAAACACAGAAUCAGGACCAUCAUAUAUAGUAUUUAUCUAAAUGUGUAAAAUGAUAGUGUGCUUUCUACUGCCAUGUAGUUUUGCACUGAGUGAACAUGUAUGUAAACAUUGACGGGCACGUUUGAAAAAGGAAACAUUGAAUCUCAUUGUUAUUGUUGCAUCUCUACGGCAACAGUAUGUUAUCAUGGUUCUGGUGGUUAUUGUUAAAAGGGGCAGGCGGACUUGUUCUGUACUGUACUGCUGACCAUAGGAUUAGAAUGGGUAGAAUGGGCAUCCUCAUUCAGGAGAGGUUCUAUACCCCUUCCAAUCAUUCUAAUUCCAUGUUGUUGACCUGUGCUUAGUGUUCUGUGUGGAAUAAAUACAGAUUCAUCUUA